CACUGGACGCUGCUGCCGCGGUGUGAGAGGUCCUCCGAUUCGGAUUCCGGAUUUUAUUGAGAGUCAAUCUCCGCUCAUCGUCUGUUGCGGAAUUCCGGGACCGUUCUCGGUGGGAUCUCCCGCGGGACAAGUCUAUUCACGAAGCUCGAGAUGGAGAACUCUGGCACCUUCCUGCCUCCCCAAGAGAGAUUUCCUCAAAAACCGCCCCCGGCGCCAUUCAUCGAAGAAGAAACUCGGAGCUCUUUCACCGAUCAACCGUCGAACCCAUCUUUCCCUGUCGUUCUGGAUGAAGGGGGGACACCGUCUCAGAGUCUUGACGGUACAGACGAUUCCAAAAGCGGGAAAACCAGGAAGAAACUAAAGUGUAUUGACCAGCACAUCGCUGAGCAAGCUCUCGCUCGACACGACAUCCUGAUGGAACAUGAGUGGCCGCCCCAAUCUGGUCAUACAUGGGUCCUUCAGGAUAAUCUCGGAGAGUUCGUCGGUAUAAAGAACAUAAAACGACGCUACCCUGAAAUCACCCGCCGGAACAUAGAAGCUCACGAGCGCGAUUUCCUCAGAGCGAGGAAUUAUGUCACCGAUAUGCAGUGCGACUUGGGUUUGACAGCCUUGAGAUCCGACGAAGUCGGCGAACUGAUAGCCAGGGAAUUCCCGGAGAAGUUUCAAGAGUGGGAGAAUCAACGGAAAGAACGGGCGAAGAAGCUCUUGCAGGAGCGCAAGAAUCAGCUCAACGCUCCUCCUGCUCAGAUUGAUAAAGCGAAAAUGGCUGAGAUUGGCAAGAAAGCCAUGGAGGCUGUGUACGAGUACAAUAUCCGUCUGAAUACUGAGAGAAUCGAGGAGCGGAGCAGCAUCUUCGAUCUGCAGACCCACACACUGUUGUUCCCAGCCCAGCGGAGAAAAGUAUUCGCCAAGCCCAAAUUAGGAAAAUAUCCCGUUUCCAUCAUCCCUGGACAAUAUCAGGACUACUACAGGGCCUACACACCGCAUGAGUUGAAGUAUCUUCCGCUCGGGACCGUUCUUUACGGACCCGUGACCGAGAUCAACAAAAAUGUGCUGGACAAACUGGCCGAGGAAGCAAAAAUGGAGGAAGAAGAAGAGGAUGAGGCAGACUGCUCGAACUCGGAGUGUGACGAAGAUUGUCAUCCAAGCGAAGAGAGCGAAGAAGAGGAGAUCCCCGAUGAAACCGGCUCGAACCUACGUGAGAAUUGGUAUGAAACCACAACUCAGCGAAAACUCAUGUGCAAAAACUGCGAGCAGGAUCUACCCGGGCUCAUGUUCCGAUGCUCCGAUUGUAAAAAAUGGUCACAUCUCCGCUGUUUGGAGCUGCCGUCAGCCGAGCCCGAGUACCUUAAGAAGUAUCCAUGGCAGUGCAUGGAAUGCAAGACAUGUUUCGUUUGCAAACGACCCGACCACGAGGAUCAGAUGAUAUGCUGCGAUCAGUGCGAUCGAGGCCACCACAGCUUUUGCGUAGGUUUGUGGAAACUUCCGCCGGGUGGCUGGGUUUGCAGACACUGCGGAGAGUGUUUCCAGUGCGGGGUGUACAAACCGGAUUGGUAUGAGGAAGACGAGGAAGCCCAAUGGGUGCACGAGUACAAACGAGGUCCAAUGUCCGUAAAAGAGAAGCGAAAAGUCUAUCAGAUCUACUGCGCCAAAUGCAGGGUCCCGAAGCCCCGGAAACCGCGGCCUUCCCACCUGAAUCCAAAGGGAGAGGGUGAAGACGCAGAUGAGGUCAUGGAAGAUCCAUCAAUGGUUGAGGGUGAUGACGACAGCAAAGAGGAAGUCAAACUAGAGUUGAAGGAGGAGCUCAAAGAAGAGAUCAAGGAUGAGGCGAAGGGAGCCACCAGAGGCCCGGGAAGGCCGCGGCGAGCCACCAGAGGUAGAGCUCGGAAAACCUUCCAGGAUGCCGACUCAUCAAUGCAGGAAGGUUGAGGUCGGAAUCUCAAGCAGCGGAGCGAUCGUUCAGCCGGCAAUGGUGGUUCUUUGCCCGAGAAAAUGGAAGCAGGAUGACUCAUCCCGAAAGCACCCUUCGGUGCAUGAAUAGCUCCGAGUUUUGCUGUUUCGGAAGAAGAGAUGUACAAUUAAUUGGGACUGUUAUAUAAUUUAGAGGAAAAUCAUUUCAAGUUCUCGUCCAGUCGAUGUGA